AUAUUGCUGUUGUAGAGAUGAGUGAUGCCUUCCGUCAGCCUUCCCUGUUCUACCACCUGGGAGUCAGGGAGAGCUUCAGCAUGGCUAACAACAUUAUCCUCUACUGUGAUACAAAUGCAGAGUCUCUGCAGUCACUGAAGAUGUGCACUGGUAACUACAUAUUUGUUCCUUAUAUGAUAACUCCACAUAACAAGGUGUACUGCUGUGAUAGCAGUUUUAUGAAGGGGCUGACAGAACUGAUGCAGCCCAGUUUUGAGUCGUUGCUUGGGCCUAUAUGCUUACCUCUGGUGGAUCGAUUUGUUCAGCUCUUGAAGGUGGCACAGGCCAGUUCAAGCCAGUAUUUCCGGGAAUCCAUUCUGAAUGACAUCAGGAAGGCUCGUACCCUCUACACGGGUAAAGAGCUUGCAGCAGAGCUGGCAAGGAUUCGACAGCGAGUGGAUAGUGUUGAAGUCUUGUCUGCUGACAUUGUAAUAAACUUGCUGCUGUCCUACAGAGACAUCCAGGAUUAUGAUUCCAUUGUGAAACUGGUGAAAACUUUAGAAAAACUGCCUACUUUUGACUUGGCUUCCCACCACCAUGUGAGGUUUCAUUAUGCAUUUGCACUGAACAGGCGAAAUCUACCUGGAGACAGACAGAAGGCUCUAGAAAUUAUGAUUCCCUUGGUAGAACGGGAAGACCAAGUAGCUUCAGAUAUGUACUGCCUGGUUGGUCGAAUUUACAAGGACAUGUUUUUGGAAUCUGGGUUCAUAGAUAUAGAAAGCAGGGACAAAGGGACAUUUUG